GGUUUAACCCUCCCCAGGCGGGGCGGGCAGCGGGCAGGGGCCGGCGGGCGGGAAGGGCUGAGGCGAGGCGGUGCCUCGGGCCGGGCGCGACGCUCUCAGGGGCGCAGAGCGCGGCUGCCGCUUUCCGCCGCGGGCAUGAGCGCCUCGGCGGCCACCGGCGUCUUCGUGCUGUCCCUCACCGCCAUCCCCGUCACGUACCUCUUCAACUGCCUGGCGGCCACCGGCAGUUCCUGGAUAAUUGUUCCAGUUGGAUUGCUGGUUCUGGUUUUUAUUGCUCUGUUGGCUCGUGUUCUUGUCAAAAGAAAACCACCCAAAGACCCUCUGUUUUAUGUUUAUGCUGUAUUUGCCUUUACCAGUGUAGUGAAUCUAAUAAUUGGACUUGAACAGGAUGGAAUUAUUGAUGGAUUCAUGACUCAUUACUUGAGAGAGGGUGAACCAUAUCUGAACACUGCAUAUGGCCAUGUGAUCUGCUAUUGGGAUGGCUCCGCUCAUUAUCUGAUGUAUCUGCUGAUGGUGGCAGCUAUUGCAUGGGAACAAAGCUACAGAACUAUUGGCCUCUACUGGCUAGGUUCCAUUAUCAUGAGCAUCAUUGUCUUUAUGCCUGGAAACAUUGUUGGCAAAUACGGAACAAAAGUGUUUCCUGCUUUUUUCUUAAGUCUACCAUACAUUUGCCUUCCCAUAUGGGCUGGGUUCAGAAUUUAUAACCAACCUUCUGUGACUCAUGAUACUCCAGUCAAGGUGGUUCAGGAAGUCCAGAAGAAAGGACUCUUAAGACGACCAAUAGAUUUAAUGUUAGCUGCAUAUCUCAUUCUAGCAACGGGGUUUUGCAUAUUUAGGGGCAUGAUUGCUCUGGAUUGCCCUGCUGAACUCUGCCGGCUGUAUAUUCAACUUCAUGAGCCCUACAUAAAAGAUCCUGCUGCCUAUCCCAAGCUUCAGAUGCUGGCAUACAUGUUCUACUCUGUGCCAUACCAUGUGAUUGCUCUGUAUGGCCUGCUGGUGCCUGGUUGUUCCUGGAUGCCCGAUUUAACCCUUAUACAUGCUGGAGGACUAGCUCAGGCUCAAUUUUCCCAUAUUGGCGCUUCUCUUCAUGCUCGAACUCCUUACAUCUACAGAGUCCCUGAAGAAGCAAAACAGUUUUUCCUGAUAUUGAACAUAAUGUAUGGGAUUCUUCCCCAGCUGUUCGCUUACAGAUGUGUCAACAAGCCAGAGUUUUUUAUGAAACCAAAACAAGAAGAAAAAACAGAAUAACACAACUGUUUUCAGCUCCUCGUUCUGGCUGUCUAUAUACCUGGGUUGGGAUGUAACUGAACUGCUCCAAUGGAACCCGAAUGAAGUGUGUAAGAUGUGUAAAUCUGCACAGUUGUGUAAAGUUGCACGGUCUGUUUGUUUAUCCUACUUGAAAAGGGAAAUAAAGAUGACUGCCUUCAGUA